CUCAAACGGUCUCCAGUCGGUUUGAGGCAGCCCGGCUAUAAUAAAGGCUGAUGACGCCCAUUCCCGCGAAUCAUGUUCGACCCCUGUCCUUUCCGCCACAUUGACUGAACUAUUGACCGCAAUGACAGUAGAUACUUCCGCCCUAUCAGGUCUUCGUCCAGAGUAUGACUAUGUCGUCGUUGGCGGAGGGACUGCCGGGUUGGUCGUCGCUAGCCGAUUAACCGAAGAUCCAUCAGUUAGUGUCCUAGUCUUGGAAGCAGGAGGCUAUCACAUCGACGAUCCUCGAAUUGCCAUUCCUGGUCUGGCAGCUAGUACCUAUUUCGACCCUGAGUUCGACUGGUGUCUGACUAGUCAACCUCAGGAAGCACUUAAUGGUCGAUGCAUCGCCGAACCCCGCGGUCGUACACUGGGAGGCUCCUCCGCCAUUAACCUGGGUAUGGUCAUCUACCCUACCCGCAGCGAUAUCGAUUCGUGGGAGCGGCUAGGAAACCCUGGGUGGAACUGGGAGUCUCUGUCCACCUACCUGAGGAAAUCACAAACAUUCACUCCACCGUCCGAUGAGGUGCGUGACCAGUUGUCGUUAGGCUAUAUUGACCCGGCUGUGCAAGGCACCAGUGGGCCUGUACAUGUCUCAUUCGGUGAUGGUCCGUUUCCUGCCUUCAAUGCCGCCUGGCCCCGGACCUUUGAGACGCUAAACCACCGGCUAAGCGGUGACCCAAUGUCAGGUCGGGCCAACGGUGCCUUUUGCAGCCCAGGCACCAUCCACGCGACCUCGCGAGCGCGCAGUCAUGCGGGUGUCGCCUACUAUACUCGGGAUAUCGCUCAACGUCCCAAUCUUCGAGUCAUCACUGAAGCCUUCGUGGAAAGGGUACUUCUGAAAAAGGCGGACGAUGGCGAAGUUGUUGCGACAGGGAUUCAAUUCGUUGGAAAAGACCGCAGCCAACAGACAGUAGCCGCUGGAGCAGAGGUUAUCCUGUCCGCUGGCGCUAUUAAAACGCCACAUCUUUUGGAGCUAUCAGGAAUCGGGGAUGCCAAGCGCCUGCAGGUGCACGGAAUUGAGACCUUUGUUCUUAACCCCAACGUCGGGGAGAACCUCCAGGAGCACGGCUUCGUCCCUUUCAGCUGGGAGGUUGCCGAUGGCCAGGUGACAGGAGAAGCGCUGCGCAACCCAGAGAUCGCGAAAGCUGCCAUGGAAGCUUGGCAGUCUUCCGGAGCCGGUCCAUUAGGCCUAUGUCCGAUUUCGUCGGCUUUCAUGACUCUUCCGGAACUGCAAGAUGGUGAGCUACAGGAUCUCCUAGGGAAAUACCUGGAUAAGGAAGUUCCAUCCAGCCAGGCCGCACAGUAUCGCAUCCUGCGUCAACUACUGGAAGACGUCGAUGAACCAACAGGACAGUACACGUUGGCUCCGUUCCAGAUCACUCCUGAGAAGGGCCCUAGCCCGAAGGGAAUUUUCGCCAUGGCUGAGCCAGAAUGCUUUGUUAGUAUUGUCGCCGUGCUGAACCGCCCGUUCUCCCGUGGCUCUGUACAUCUGACCUCGUCCGACCCGACGACUCUGCCGACCUUUGAUCCUCGUAUGCUGUCACAUCCACUUGACCUGGAGCUACAGGCCCGCCAUGUAAAGUGGCUAGAGACAUUGGCAGCCACGGAGCCCAUGGCUUCGCUGAUCAAACCAAACGGACGUCGACUGCAUCACUCGAAACCUGUAACGUCUUUAGACACGGCGCGGGAGCUUACGCGAGACCGUAUCGUGGCUCACUAUCAUGUCACCGGAACCGCGGCUAUGAUGCCACGGGACAUUGGGGGUGUGGUAGAUGAACGGUUGAGGGUGUAUGGAUGUCGGAAUAUGCGGGUGGUGGAUGCCAGCGUGAUUCCGUUGAUUCCUCGAGGUAAUAUCCAGACGACGGUGUAUGCUGUAGCAGAGAAGGCAGCCGAUAUCAUCAAGGAGGAUAGAUUGGCUCAGUGA